AUGUAUGUAGCUGAUUAUAGUAAUCAUCGUGAACAAUGCUUUCCUCCGAAUUCUAAUAUUGGCAUAACUGUUGCUGGAACCGGAACUAAAUCAGGUGCAUUAACAGAUGUAGAUCAUUUAGCAGCGAUUGAUGUUGACGACAAUUUAAAUAUUUGUAUUGCUGAUAUACAUAAUGACCGUAUCGUCAAAUGGGCUUCGAACGCAACUAGUGGCACUGUUGUAGUUAGUAACAGUCUCAUCGAUAAGUCCUAUGACAUCAUACUGUCACCUAGUUCAUCAAAUCAAGUCUAUACAAGUAAUUCAGACAAAGAUAAAGUAUAUAUAUGGACACUUGGUAAUAAUAGUCCAACUUAA